AUGGUAUACAAUAAAACUUGCGAUAAAAUGAAGCUAGCAGUAUGUAUGUUCCUCAUAGCUUUUCUUCACUGUUCCUUUGCGCCUCCAGUUACUCAAGACAAAGCAAAGGAAGACAGUGAAAUAAAGGAUGACUUGGAGGACUAUAUGGAGUACCACCGGUACUUGAAGGAGGUGGUUCAAGCUCUUGAAAGCGAUCCGGAUUUCCGUGAACGCCUGGAGAAAGCUGACGAGGACGACGUUAAGACAGGAAAGAUCGCAGAGCAUUUGGACUUCGUUAACCACAAUAUCCGGACUAAAUUGGACGAAAUCAAACGAAGGGAGCUCGAUCGUCUAAGACAUUUGGCUACAAAGCAAUUCGAAAUCACUAACAACCUACAGCACGAGGGCAAGGUCCCGUCCAGCGAUCAUUUAGACCAUCACAACCCGCACACCUUCGAGAUUGAAGACCUCAAGAGGCUAAUCAAGAAGACAACUGAAGAUUUGGAGGCGGCGGACAAGCAAAGAAAGGAGCAGUUUAAGGAGUACGAAAUGCAGAAAGAAUUUGAAAAACACCAGAAAUUAGAAAGUUUGGAUGAGACGCAAAAGAAAGAGUACAUGGAGAAACUGAAGACGGAGGAAGAGGCUAAGAAACAUCACAAACCUCUCCACCAUCCCGGCUCGAAACAACAGUUAGAGGAAGUGUGGGAGAAACAAGACCACAUGGACCAACAGUUUGACCCAAAAGCAUUCUUCAUGAUGCACGACGUUGACGGCAACGGCUUCUGGGACGCUGACGAGGUGAAGGCUCUCUUCAUUAAAGAGUUGGACAAAAUGUACGGGCCCGCUGGACCCAACAAGGACCUCCGCGAACGCACUGAGGAAAUGGAGAGGAUGCGCGAGCACGUCUUCAAAGAGAGCGACAAGAAUCGAGACGGUUUGAUUGACUUCAACGAGUUCAUGUUCGAGACGCAGCGAGCGGACUUUAACCAUGACGAAGGUUGGAAGCCAAUUGAUGAGAACCAGAUUUACACUCAGCAAGAGUACAAUGACUACGAGCGUAGGCGCUUGGAGGAGAUACACUAUUUGCAACAACGAGGUUUGAUUGACGCGCAUGGACGUCCAGUGCCUGGAGCGGAACAUGAACUUCACGCCUACCAGCAGCAACAACAGGCUUAUCAUCACCAACAACAACAGGCAUAUCACCAACAACAACAACAAGCUUAUCAGCAGGGCCAAUAUUAUCCCCACGGACAACCUCAACACGGCCAACAACAAUAUCAACAAUACCCUAACCAAGGACAGAUGCCUCCACAAGGACAGAUGCCUCCACAAGGACAGAUGCCUCCACAAGGACAGAUGCCUCCACAAGGCCAGAUGCCCCAACAAGGACAGAUGCCUCCGCAUGGCCAGAUGCCCCAACAAGGACAAAUGCACCCACAAGGCCAGAUGCCCCCACAGGUUCAAAUGCACCCACAAGGUCAGGUGCCCCCACAAGGCCAGAUGCCCUCACAGGGACAAUUAUCCCAACAAGGACAGGCGCCUCAAGCCCAAGCUCCUCAGGCGCAAAUUCCUCAAGGUCAAGUGCAGCCAGGGCAGUACGCCCCUCAAGGUCAAGUGCAGCCAGGGCAGUACGCCCCUCAAGGUCAAGCGCCCCAAGGACAAAUGUCGCAAGGCCAAAUUCCUGCCCAGGGUCACAACAACACACAUAACGCCGUUUAA